UUCAAUGAAAAAUGUCAAAAUCAGACCAAAGACUCACAAACAUCUUCAAAAACCAAACUAAAAGGAUAUGUUCUCUGGAAUUCUCUUCCAAGAAAGAUAUCAAUUACGAUUUAGUGGACACGAUACCGUUCAGUUUCUGUUCUGUAAUUUGGAUCGGUACAUAUGAUAAGCCUCCAGAAGAAAUAGAACCUAUCGUAGCUGCGGCAGAACUGAUAAAAAGGGGACAUCCGACAGUUCUUCAUCUUGCGGCCAGGAAUGUGAACAAGAAAACGGUGCCCAAAAUCUUAGAAUACGCCCGUCAAGUUGGCGUGAGAAAUCUCUUGGUCAUGCGAGGUGCUGCUCCAGGAUGUCAAGAACCAGAUUCAACUUAUGACUUUCCUUACAGUACCGAUCUGAUAAAAUUCAUCAAAAUCAAAUAUGGCGACUACUUCGAUCUUUGUGUGCCCGGAUACCCCUAUAAACAUCCUGAAAGUAAGACAUUGGAGGAGGAUAUGAAAUACUUGAAGCAAAAGAAUGACGCUGGGGCUAAAUUCAUUAUCUCCCAAGCUGCCUUUUCCUACGAAAUCUACAAGAAUUUCCUGAAAAACUGCAGAAAAUUCGAAAUAUCCAUGCAAAUCAUACCAGGCGUGUACAUGAUACGAUCAGUGGUCGAUUUCUGCUUGUUGAAAAAACUAUGCAAAGUUCCGACAAACGAUCCGGUCGUUCAGUUCAUCAAAGAUCACAAGGGAUCAGAAGAUGAAAUUGCUGCAUAUGGCAUAAAAAUAUCUAACGAAGUAAUAAGAAAAAUCCUCCAGGAUAAAGAUUUUUGUCCACCUCAUAUAUAUACAAUGAACGAGUUUGCUAGCAUAAGAGAUUUCAUAUCGAACUUGAAGCUAGAGAAAUGAAGGUUAUUGAAAUUCUGUAAUUUUUUUUUUAUUUGUAAUCAGAGUUUUGCUAUCGGAAUACAUUGAUGAAACACACUAA